AUGCCACUGCGCGCUCUCCGCGUGAGUGGGCUUCCGGAUGCCCAGCUCCGUGCCCUUUUGCGGUGCACCAGCCCAGGCCUCCUGCAGGCCCUGCCCUGGCCGGGGCUGCUCCGGUUCCUCCUUCUGCUGCUCUUCCCGCCGCCCUUUGCCUUCUCCGCUGUGUUCAAAGUGGGAGUGCUGGGCCCCUGGACUUGCGACCCCAUCUUCUCCCGGGCGCGUCCGGACCUGGCUGCGCGUCUGGCCGCCGCCCGUCUGAACCGUGACCUUGCCCUGCGAGGCGGCCAGCGUUUCGAGGUCACGCUGCUGCAGGAGCCGUGCCGGACGCCAGGGUCGCUGGGUGCUGUGUCCUCUGCGCUUUCCCGCGUCUCAGGCCUCGUGGGCCCCGUGAACCCUGCAGCCUGCCGGCCAGCAGAACUGCUAGCUCAAGAGGCUGGGGUUGCACUGGUGCCCUGGGGCUGUCCCGGGACGCUGACAGCCCGCACUACAGCCCCGGCUGUAACCCCUGCGGCGGAUGCUCUUUACGUCCUGCUGCGAGGCUUCGGCUGGGCUCGCUUGGCCCUGGUUACCGCCCCCCAGGACCUGUGGGUGGAGGCGGGACGUGCUCUGUCCACCGCACUCAGAGCCCGGGGCCUGCCCGUUGCUCUGGUAACUUCCAUGGAGACUUCGGAUCUGUCUGGAGCUAGAGAGGCCCUGAGGAGAGUCCAGAACGGGCCUAGCGUCAGAGUAGUGAUCAUGGUGAUGCAUUCGGUGCUGCUGGGCGGCGAGGAGCAGCGCUACCUACUGGAAGCCGCGGAGGAGCUAGGCCUGGUGGAUGGCUCCCUGGUCUUCCUGCCCUUCGACACCCUCCACUAUGCCUUGUCCCCAGGCACAGAGGCCUUGGCUGUGAUUGCCAACAGCUCCCAGCUUCGCAGGGCCCACGACGCUGUGCUCACCCUCACGCGCCACUGUCCUCCAGGAGGCAGCGUGCUGGACAGCCUGCGCAGGGCCCAAGAGCACCAGGAGCUGCCCCCUGAUCUCAACCUACAACAGGUUUCCCCGCUCUUUGGCACCAUCUACGAUGCGAUCUUCUUGUUGGCUGGGGGCGUGGUGGGAGCCCAGGCCUCCUCAGGUGGCGGCUGGGUGUCCGGAGCCUCCGUGGCUCGCCACAUCCAGGAUGCCCAAGUCCCUGGAUUCUGCUGUGCCCUGGGAGGAACUGAAGAGCCCUCUUUUGUGUUGCUGGACACUGACGCGGCCGGAGACCGGCUGUUUGCCACACAUAUGCUGGACCCUGCCCGGGGCUUCCUAAACUCUGUAGGGAGCCCGGUGCACUUCCCUAGAGGUGGCUCUGGGCCUGAGCCAGAUCCCUGGUGCUGGUUCGAUCCAAAUGUCAUCUGCAAUGGAGGAGUGGAGCCUGGCCUCGUCUUUCUUGGCUUCCUCUUGGUGGUAGGGUUGGGGCUCAAGGGGGCCUUCCUGGCCCACUAUAUGAGGCACCGGCUUCUUCACAGUCAAAUGGUCUCUGGUCCCAACAAGAUCAUCCUCACCCUGGACGACAUCACCUUCCUCCAGCCACAAGGGGGCAGCUCUCGAAAGGUGGUCCAGGGGAGCCGAUCGAGUCUGGCUGCUCGCAGUGUGUCAGACAUUCGCAGUGUUCCCAGCCAGCCCCUGGAAAGCUCCAACAUGGGCCUUUAUGAGGGAGACUGGGUUUGGCUGAAGAAAUUUCCAGGGGAUCAUCACACAGCUAUUCGCUCAGCGACCAAGAUAGCCUUCUCCAAGCUCCUGGAGCUGCGGCAUGAGAACGUGGCCCUUUACUUGGGGCUUUUCCUGGCGGGGACAGUGGACAGCCCCGCCACCCCUGGAGAGCGCAUGCUGGCUGUGGUCUCCGAACACUGCGCGCGCGGCUCCCUCCACGACCUCCUCGCCCAGAGAGACAUAAAGCUGGACUGGAUGUUCAAGUCCUCCCUCCUGCUGGACCUUAUCAAAGGAAUGAGGUAUUUGCACCAUCGCGGGGUGGCUCACGGGCGGCUUAAAUCACGAAACUGUGUGGUGGACGGGAGAUUCGUGCUGAAGGUCACCGACCAUGGCCAUGGGCGACUGCUGGAAGCGCAGAAGGUGUUACCCGAGCCUCCCAACGCGGAGGAUCAGCUAUGGACAGCCCCCGAGCUGCUUCGGGAUCCGGCCCUGGAGCGCCGGGGAACUCUCGCGGGCGACGUCUUUAGCCUGAGCAUCAUUAUGCAAGAGGUCGUGUGUCGCAGCGCCCCCUAUGCCAUGCUGGAGCUGACUCCUGAGGAAGUGAUACAGAGGGUGCAGAGCCCCCCUCCACUAUGUCGGCCCUCCGUUUCCAUGGACCAGGCACCCAUCGAGUGCAUCAAGCUGAUGACACAGUGCUGGGCAGAGCAGCCAGAACUUCGGCCCUCCAUGGACCGCACCUUUGACCUGUUCAAGAGCAUCAACAAGGGCCGGAAGAUGAACAUCAUUGAUUCGAUGCUUCGAAUGCUGGAGCAGUACUCCAGCAACCUGGAGGACCUAAUCCGGGAGCGCACAGAAGAGCUGGAGCAGGAAAAACAAAAGACAGACCGGCUGCUCACACAGAUGCUGCCUCCAUCUGUGGCUGAGGCCCUCAAGAUGGGAACACCUGUGGAGCCAGAGUACUUUGAAGAAGUGACACUGUACUUCAGUGACAUCGUGGGCUUCACCACCAUCUCAGCCAUGAGCGAGCCUAUCGAGGUGGUGGACCUGCUCAAUGACCUCUACACUCUUUUUGAUGCCAUCAUUGGUUCCCAUGAUGUCUAUAAGGUGGAGACAAUUGGGGAUGCCUAUAUGGUGGCCUCAGGGCUGCCUCAGAGGAAUGGGCAGCGGCAUGCUGCAGAGAUUGCCAACAUGUCUCUGGACAUCCUCAGUGCCGUAGGCUCUUUCCGCAUGCGCCAUAUGCCAGAGGUGCCCGUGCGCAUUCGCAUUGGCCUGCACUCAGGCCCGUGUGUGGCAGGAGUGGUGGGCCUCACCAUGCCUCGAUACUGCCUGUUUGGAGACACAGUCAAUACUGCCUCGCGCAUGGAGUCCACAGGGCUGCCUUAUCGCAUUCAUGUGAACAUGAGCACUGUGCGGAUUCUCCGCGCCCUGGACCAAGGCUUCCAGAUGGAGCUGCGUGGCCGCACGGAGCUGAAGGGCAAGGGCGCUGAGGACACCUACUGGCUGGUGGGCAGAUUCGGCUUUAACAAGCCCCUCCCCAAACCGCCUGACCUGCAACCCGGGGCCAGCAACCAUGGCAUCAGCCUGCAAGAGAUUCCCCCUGACCGGCGCCUGAAGCUGGAGAAGGCCAGGCCGGGCCAGUUUUCAGGGAAGUGA